GUAGGUCACAGCCCUAACACGCACCUGUCAUCCCACUUACACUAACUCCCAAUGGAAACGCGUGUUUAACCAGAGGAAUUAAACUUCACGGAAAAAAUAACAAUAAAUAAGGUAUGUCUUGGAAUAAGUAUGUUGUUAGUGAAAAUGUCACAGAGUCUGAAGCCACACCCCUCAAGACGACCUUCGGUGCAGAAGACAAACAAGCUGUUGGAGCUCAGUCAGAAGCUGACGCUCAAGGGUACCAGGCAGUGACUGUAUGUGUGCCAGCGGAGAUGCCACCUGUGGUGCCCGUGAUGGGCGAGUCAUUCUGUCAGUGUCCAGCUCAAACAGAGCUCAGUUCAGAUGCCCAGAUCAGCCCGUACACCCUCAACUGCACCUGCGGAGAGGAAGAACAGGGUUGUGACUGGGUGUGGGAUGAAGAGAGUAAAUCGUCCAGCGUGUCUCUGAGCUGCUCUAACCGGAAGGUGAGCUUUCAUUCUGAGUACAGCUGUGGAACAGCCGCCAUCCGGGGCUCCAAAGCGCUCAGUGAUGGACAGCACUUCUGGGAGAUCAAGAUGACAUCACCGGUUUAUGGCACUGAUAUGAUGGUUGGUGUCGGUACAUCAGAAGUGAAUCUGGAUCAGUUCAGACACAGUUUCUGCAGUCUGUUGGGCACUGAUGAAGACAGCUGGGGUCUGUCCUACACAGGUCACCUUCACCAUAAGGGGUCAAAGGUGAAUUUCUCAUCACGGUUCGGUCAAGGUUCCAUAAUCGGGGUUCAUCUGGACAGCUGGCACGGGACACUCAGCUUCUACAAGAACCGCAGAUGCAUCGGCAUUGCAGCCACUCACUUGCAAAAUAAGCGUCUUUAUCCGAUGGUGUGUUCGACUGCGGCCAAGAGCAGCAUGAAACUGAUCCGUUCUCACUCCACGCCCACCAACUUACAGUUCCUGUGCUGCACCAAGCUGUGCAAAAUGCUGCCCGACUGCGCAGACGCACUGCGUGUACUGCCACUGCCCCCAGGUCUGCGUCUGCUGCUGUCCAACCAGCUCGGAUGGGUGCUGACCCUCGGAUGCCCAGACAACAGUGAAGACAAAGCUACAGAGACAGAUGAAGAUGGCUUCGCAGAUGAAUGCACAAGCCCAGUCCCUUCCCACACCCCCUCUGACAGUGAACUCUUUAUUUCUAGUUCCCUGUCCGAUAACCCUGGUUCUUACCGUAGUAAAGAUGAAGCAACAGUACAUGCUGAUUCUCCUCCCUGUCCAGAUGAUGCAUCUUAUCAGGAUACAGACUCUAAAAUUGAUGUUACCUGUUUCCUUGAACCCUCCCUACCUUCUGACCACGCCCUCUGUUGUGGCCCCGCCCCCAUCCACAGCCCUGACUUUCAUCAUCAGGCUUCCUGUCCUUGUUGUGACACCCCUUUUUCCUUUGACAAUUUAAACGAUCCCACUUUCUCAUUAUCCCGAGUCAUGCAUUCUUUGCCCCGCCUUCACGCUGCAAGGCCACACCCCCUUUUGGUUGACCCUGCCUCUGAUAGUGACUCAGAUGACUGCUCCUCAGAUUUAGAGACCUAUCAAAGAAAACGCUGCCGUUGGACAUAAAAGGAAAACGCUUACAUGCAAAUUACAGGUCACAGAUUAGCUUUAAAGGAAUGUUCUGGGAACUAUAUAAGUUAUGUUCAUUCAACAGUGUUUGUAGCAUAAUGUUUAUUACCGCAGAACAUUUUCUACUCUACCCACGUUUAUUUAAAAAUCAUGGUUAGUAUGACACUUACAAUGGGAGUGAAUGGUGCCAGUCCAUAAACCUGAAAAUACUCAUUGCUAUAAAAGUAUAGAUACAAGAUGUAAACAUCACCUGUUAAGAUGAUUUUAGCCACUUAUAGGGUUUACCAAUAUUGCGUCGUCAUAGCAACUAGAUAUAACUUUACACAGAUAAGAUUAGAAAGUGAUUUUAUCACACUAAAAUCAUGUUAACAGGAAUAUUGUCAAUGUCUUGUAGCUAUACUUUUAUUACAGUGAGUACAGGCCCCCAUUCACUUCCAUUGUAAAGUGCCUUACUUUAACCCAGAUUUUUUUGCAGAAAUCAAUUUUAUGCAACAAAUGCUGUUGAUUGUGCUGAAACCAGUGCAUUCCUUUAAACGGAUAGUUCACCCCAAAAAAUGAAUAGUCUGUCUAGUAUUUAACUCUUUAUCUUUGAUUAUUUUCAGGGUACUGAAUAAGACAAGGUCAUACAUUUUUCUUCGGUUGCAGGAAUGAGAAAGAACGAAUUUCCUCAUAAAUUUGCUCAUUUCCAGUGCCAAUGUUUGUAGUCAGGUGACCCUGUUUUUCUGCGAAAUUGAACUAGAGAGGAUUGAGAACCUCACUAGAACAUUGGCAGUUUAAAAACAUUGCAAACGAAUAUCUUAAUUUAGCUCAAAACAUGCCAAACAUCUUUCACUGUGGUAUUUUUUUGGAGUACUACUACGUUUUAGUUUUAGCUUUUGAUUAGUUAUGAAUUAAAGAAACCUAAAAACCAGGCAGAUUUGUUCAAUGAGAUUGUCAAUGCCUUUAAACAUACAAUAUAGUAUAUAUAUAUAUAUAUAUACACACAGUACAGUACAAAAGUCUUUUGUCUUAAGAUGGUUAUUUAUAUCUUCAUCUUUGGUGUGUUAAUAGGAAAUAUAAAUGUUAGAUUCCCAAACCUUACUUUUGCAUAUAUAUUAGAAUAGAAGAACAGGGAGCCCUGCAACAGAUGUCAUGGCCCCCAUGAAGCCCCCCACUGAACAUUACAUCAUUCUGAGAUUACAUGAAGAGACAGAUGUACUUUAGACAGCCCAAAUAGAUAGAAGAACUGUGGAGAAUUCUCCAAGACGCUUGGGACAUCCUAUCUGCCAACAACCAAUAAAAACUGUCCAGGUGUAUCUAGGAGAAUUGGAGCUGUUUUGAAGGCAAAGAUGGUCACACCGAAUAUUUUUCACACAUGCCUAAAACUUUUGCACAGUACUGUAUAUACACUCACCUUAUUAGGAACACCAUACUAAUACUGUGUUUGACCCCCUUUCGUCUUCAGAACUGCCUUAAUUCUACGUGGCAUUGAUUCAUCAAGGUGCUGAAAGCAUUCUUUAGAAAUGUUGGCCCAUAUUGAUAGGAUAGCAUCUUGCAGUUGAUGGAGAUUUGUGGGAUGCACAUCCAGGGCACGAAGCUCCCGUUCCACCACAUCCCAAAGAUGCUCUAUUGGGUUGAGAUCUGGUGUCUGUGGGGGCCAUUUUAGUACAGUGAACUCAUUGUCAUGUUCAAGAAACCAAUGAAAUGAUUCGAGCUUUGUGACAUGGUGCAUUAUCCUGCUGGAAGUAGCCAUCAGAGGAUGGGUACAUGGUGGCCAUAAAGGGAUGGACAUGGUCAGAAACAAUGCUCAGGUAGGCCGUGGCAUUUAAACGAUGCCCAAUUGGCACUAAGGGGCCUAAAGUGUGCCAAGAAAACAUCCCCCACACCAUUACACCACCACCACCAGCCUGCACAGUGGUAACAAGGCAUGAUGGAUCCAUGUUCUCAUUCUGUUUAUGCCAAAUUCUGACUCUACCAUCUGAAUGUCUCAACAGAAAUCGAGACUCAUCAGACCAGGCAACAUUUUUCCAGUCUUCAACUGUCCAAUUUUGGUGAGCUCUUGCAAAUUGUAGCCUCUUUUUCCUAUUUGUAGUGGAGAUGAGUGGUACCCGGUGGGGUCUUCUGCUGUUGUAGCCCAUCCGCCUCAAGGUUGUGCGUGUUGUGGCUUCACAAAUGCUUUGCUGCAUACCUCGGUUGUAACAAGUGGUUAUUUCAGUCAAAGUUGCUCUUCUAUCAGCUUGAAUCAGUGGGCCCAUUCUCCUCUGACCUCUAGCAUCAACAAGGCAUUUUCGCCCACAGGACUGCCGCAUACUGGAUGUUUUUCCCUUUUCACACCAUUCUUUGUAAACCCUAGAAAUGGUUGUGCGUGAAAAUCCCAGUAACUGAGCAGAUUGUGAAAUACUCAGACCGGCCCGUCUGGCACCAACAACCAUGCCACGCUCAAAAUUGCUUAAAUCACCUUUCUUUCCCAUUCUGACAUUCAGUUUGGAGUUCAGGAGAUUGUCUUGACAAGGACCACACCCCUAAAUGCAUUGAAGCACCUGCCAUGUGAUUGGUUGAUUAGAUAAUUGCAUUAAUGAGAAAUUGAACAGGUGUUCCUAAUAAUCCUUUAGGUGAGUGUAUAUAGUACAGUAUCUCGAGUAUUAUUGGAGUAUUUAUUUGUAUUCCAUUGUUCAGACUUGUAGACAAGGAUGUUACCACAUAUUCAGGAAUGGGGGUUGGGUGGGCAAUUUAAUAAUUGAAUAAUCAACCAUGGAAAACACCCAUAACAGUAGACCACUACU